GCCCAGCAAUUUCCGGGCCCCGCGCGUCGCCAAAACGCCCAAGCGGCCGCCAUGCACGACCAGCGGCUGCCCCCGCCGCCGCAGUGGGAGCCUGUGACCAAGCCGAAGCUCCCAUCCUCGGAGGCGCAGCUGGCCUUUGAGACCGCGGCGGCGGAGACCACGGCGAGGAUCCGUUCGGGCUUCAGCCUGCCAGCCUCCCCGGACACCGGUUCCCGGCGCCGCUACGGCUCCGAGCCCCCGCCCUCCCCGCUGCGCCGGUCCAACGGCCUCGGUCUGGCGCUCGGCCGCUCGGGGCGGCUGCUGGGGGUGGAGCUGCCGCAGCCCCCGCUGCCGCCGGUGGCGGGGGAGCUGCGCUUGCGCCUGGAGGCCUUGGAGCAAGAGGCGAAGAGAGGCGCCCAGCUGGAGCUCGAAAGGAUCCGUGGGGCCUGCGCCGGGCUGCAGCAGGACCUCGCUGGGUGCCGAAGGAGUUUGGAGGAGAAGGCGCGCCAGGAGGAGGUGCUGCAGAAGGAGGUGGCGAGCCUGCGAUCUCAGCUGGAGGGAGCAGGCAAGGAGCGGCACAGGCGCCUGCAGGUGGAGGAGGAGCUUCUGCGGCUCAAGUCCUCCCUGGCGCAGCUGGAGCAAGAGGCGGACGACUCACGAAGGCUGGAGAUGGAGCGCCAGGAGGAACUGCGCCAGGCGAAGGAGGCGCUGUGGAACAAGGAGCUCCAAGAGCGGCAGCUCAAGGAGUCCGACACGCAGCGGCGGCAGGAGGUGUCGCAGAAGCAGAGCGAGGUGCAAAGGCUGCAGUCGGAGCUGCAGCAGCUGAGGAAACGCUUCGAGGACUUGGAGGAGGACCGGCGUAACGCGCAGCGCGGGCUCAAGGACCGCGAGCGCCUGGAGGCGGAGCUUCGGGAUGCCCAGGCUCAACGGAAGCACCUGGCGGAGGAGACUCGCGUCCUGAAGCUGACGCUCAAGGACUUCGAGGAGGAGCGCGGGCGCAGCGCGGCGCUGGAGCACGACUGCAAGCUAUUGAGAGUGGCCCUGUCUGGGGCAGAGGAGGAUGCAGCGCAAAUGCGCCAAAGUAUUGCAACCUUCAAAAGAGAGGAAGCCAGCCUCUUGCAAAGCAAGAGCCGGCUGGAGCAGGACUGUAAGCACCUGCGCAAGGCGCUGAAGCAACGAGAGAGCGCAGAGAAGGAGCUCCGGGAGGCCCUGGCGGAGCAGCGGAAGCUCCGGGACCUGCCGGAGGGAAGCCCCAGGAGCCCCGUCUCGCCCAUGGAGCCGAUGGCACGACGCCGUGCUCAGACCACGGUGGAUUUCGCCAGUCCGUCGCGGGGCUUCGGCCAGACCAUGGUGGCCAGCGACUUGCUGGAGGUGGACCUCACCAGCCGCCGCACCAGCCAGGCCUCCUCCUUGGUGGAGGUGGACAUGACCGGGGACAUGUGACACGCCUCGAGCCGGAAGCCUCGCUCAGCUCACUCGGCGGGGAUGAUGAGUCAUCCCCUUUCGGUUUCAUUUGUGUGUGGCUCGAAAUAAAAGAGCCAGGGACAAUCCGCAGGUUUUACUCUUUGGUGGCA